AUGGCAACUCUAUUAGAGGAACCUCAUGUUGUUCUCGUUCCAUAUCCAUCACAGGGCCAUAUUACUCCAUUCAUGGAACUAGGAAAAUUACUUCAUUCUAGAGGUUUCCAUAUCACCUUAGUUAACACCGAGUUUAACCAUAAACGGUUAUUAAGAGCGAGUGGUCUCGAAGCUCUCAAUGCGUACCGUGGUUUCAAAUUUGAAACUAUACCCGAUGGAUUGCCACCAUCUGACCGUGAUGCAACCCAGGAUGUCCCUUCUUUGUGCGUUGCAACUCGAAAGAAUCUUUUUGGUCCUUUCAUAGAUCUUGUUAAGAAUAAGCUUAAUUCAUCAUCUUCUUCCCCUACAGUAACUUGCAUAAUUGCUGAUGGAGUUAUGAGUUUCGCAACCAAAGCUGCCAAAGAACUUGGUAUUCUGGCUGUUCGAUUUUGGACUGCGUCGGCCUGUAGUUUUAUAGGCUAUCUACAGUUCCGCGAGGUCAUAAACAGAGGUCUGGUGCCAGUAUCAAAAGAUGAAGACUUCCUUGUUAAUCUUGAUGAGGUUCUCGACUGGGUACCUGGCAUGAAAAAUAUCAGGUUUAGGGACUUGCCAAGCUUCAUUGGAACGAGUAACCCUGAGGAUGAUAUCAUGUUUAAUUUCAUGGGGGGAGAAGCUCAAAGCUGUCUAAACGAAUCGUCUAUCAUUUUUAACACGUUCGACAACUUAGAACAAGAAGUUUUAGAUGCGGUCUCGUCCAUAUUUCCUGGCAGUAUCUACACUAUUGGUCCCAUUGCAAUGUUGAUCAAACAAGAACAAAUACCUAUUGAAGGUCAACUGAAGUCAAUGCGGUCAAACCUAUGGAAAGAAGACUCCAACUGCUUAUCAUGGUUGGGUGAAAGAGAGCCAAACUCAGUUAUUUAUGUAAAUUUUGGGAGCAUCACUGUUAUGACUGAUGAGCAGCUGAAAGAAUUUUCUUGGGGAUUAGCCAAUAGUAGAUUCAACUUCCUAUGGAUAAUCCGCCCCGACGUUGUCAUGGGUGAUUCGGUAGGACUACCAGAGGAACUCGUCGCUGAGAUUAAAGAUAGAGGGUAUAUAGCCAGUUGGUGCCCUCAAGAUAAGGUGCUAUCUCAUCCGUCAAUAGCAGGAUUUUUAACUCACUGCGGUUGGAAUUCAAUGUUGGAGAGUCUAUACAACGGUGUACCUAUAAUUUGUUGGCCAUUUUUCGCUGAUCAACAGACUAAUUGUAGGUUUGCGUGUGAAAUUUGGGAAGCCGGAAUGGAGAUCGAUAACGAUGUAAAGAGAGAGGAAAUUGAAGCACUGUUACGGGAAUUAAUGGAAGGAGCGAAAGGGAAGAAGAUGAAGGAAAAUGCCAUGAAAUGGAAAGCUAAGGCUGAACAUGCUACUAAAAUGGGGGGAACAUCUUACAAUAAUUUUGGUAAAUGGGUCAAAGACAUGCUGGGCCCAAUACCCUUAACUUGA